UAACUAUCAUAUCAUCACAUGAAUAUAGUAUCCAUUUGCAAAUGUCUAAGUUUCACUAUAAAUUGAUCACUUUCUAUAUAGUAUUUCACACAUCAAAAUUGGCUAGGUCUUUUUUCUUGAGUGUGUAAGCGAAAAAUGGAAGCUAUUAAUAUAAAUCAAUGGAAUAAUAUUGAAGUUGAUGAUAAUGAAGUUGAAGAAAUAAGCUUGCAAAGAAAGAGUGUUGUUGUUAAACAUACUAGCAGCAGCAGCAGCAGUUCUAGCAGCUCAGAUAACCACAUAGAAGAAAAAGGUGGAGGACUAGACUUCAUUGAAUCGGAGACGAAACCAAAAUUUGAAUUGGUGAUUGCAGAAAGGAAUGCCGAAAUGAUCAUUCCACAAGAGAAAAUUGACGAGAAUGACACGAAUUUACCUGCUUCUGAUCCUCCUUUUGAAGAAGAUUCUACUUCUUUGAUCAAUGUUACAAAUGAAAGUGACAAAGUUAUGAUAGUAAAAGAAAAUGGUGAAGAGAGACAAGAAUUUUAUUUGGAGAAUGUGUUUGAGAAACCACCAUCACAUGGAUUUUACUGCCCUAGUUGUAAUGUUUGUAUCCAAAAGGUUUAUAUUCAAAGGAUCUACAUUCAACCUAUGCCACAACCUGAGACAGUAAGAUGCUCAUCAUGCUUCAGUUUCCUCAUUCCAAUAGGUAAUUGGUUAUUCCCUGGAUUGGUGUCUAAUGGAGAAGGAGAAUUAAACAAUCAAGAUUCAUUAAUCAACCAAGAAGUGCAUCAAUCUGUAACUAACUUUCAAAGUUCUGAACAAACAUUCCAAGUUUCAUCACAACAUGAUACAUCAAAACUUGUUCAAUCAGAAGAGACGCAUAAAUCCGUCACUACAGGCACCUUAAAAUCCGUCACUAAAACCGUAGAUGAAUCGGGAAAACAAACCCUGCAAAUCAUUGAAGAUGUGGUCACUCAUGGACCUCAGAAAGGUCAAGUUGUGACAAAGAAAAAACAGUUUUGGAGUAAUUGGGGUGUUACCGGUGGAACUUCUUCUCAAGCCUCUAAAACUGUCACUACAGAAAAUAGAGAUUGGAAAGUUAUAUCUUCCUCUGAAAUAAAAAACCAAACUGAAACUGUUUCUGCAGAAAAUAGUGAUUGGAAAGUUAUAUCUUCUGUUUCUCAGACCACUUUAUCCAAACAACCUCAAACUGACUUUCCAGGCAAGGAACAGACAGAUUUUGUGGAAGUUAAAGUUGAUGGAGCAUCUACAGGAUCUGGUGAAGAAGUCGUUUCUUCUUUAACUACACCACUUCUUACUCAUAGUAAUCCAAUUGUAGAAACAAGUAGCAAGAAAUUGGAGAUUGUGAAAAGUAUUGUGUAUGGUGGUUUGACUGAAUCAUUAGCAAGUCUUAGUGUUGUUACAUCUGCAGCAAGUGCUGAUGCUGCCACAUUGAACAUUGUUGCACUGGCUAUUGCAAACCUGAUUGGUGGACUUUUUGCCCUUGGUCAUAAUCUUAGGGAACUGAAAGCUGAACAGCCAAAAAGAUCCAACACAGAAGCAGUGGUGGAUCGAUACAAUGAAGUAUUAGGACAGAGGAAGAAUUUCAUUCUUCAUGCAUUUAUUGCAAUCUUAUCAUUCAUUAUUUUUGGACUAAUUCCUCCAGUUGUAUACGGCUUCACAUUUCGCGAAAACGAUGAAAAGGAUUUCAAGCUAGCAGCAGUUGCAGGAGCUUCUCUUAUAUGCAUCACACUUCUCUCUAUUCUCAAAGCUUAUAUCAAGAGACCAAACAGUUACUUAACAUAUUUUCAAACAGUGUUUUUCUAUGUUAGCACUGGUGGUGUUGCCACAGUGCUUUCUUACUUAGCUGGUGAUAUGAUGAAGAAAAUCAUUGAGAAACUUGGAUGGUUUGAACCAGUAUCAAAUUUUGGUUUGAAGCAUCAACCUGGAUUUGGAUCAUACUAAUUAUAAGGAUUGUUGGAUUUCUUUGGGAGAUUGAUUUGGUGUUUUUGCUUGUCCAUGAUUUCCUUUACUUUUUGUUUUGGGUUUCGUUUUUUUUAUUAGACUGCAUAUUGGAAUUGUUAUACCUGGAUGACUUUAUUGUCAUGUUUAUGUUAUUUGUUCAAAAAUACAUAUAAAAAAUUAGAAGUGCAAUGCUUCCUUUUGAGUGUUUGACAUUUUAGUUAUGUUGGCAGUUGACACUAUUGAAGUUUUGUUACAGUCUCAUAUUAAUGAAAGGUUCAAUAACACUAAGUUAUGGUUAAGUUACUGUUGAAAUUUAAUAAUAAUAAUAAUUGGACUUAAAUGCAGUUUUGAUCCUUAUAUCAAAACAAAAAACACAUUCCGGAAAACAAAAAAUAAAACUUACAUCAAAACAACCUAAAUAUUAAUUUUAACUAAAUGACCUAAAAACAAAAUAUUUAGAGCCAGAUAGAAUUCCUAGCCCCAUCCCUG